GGAAACCAUUGACCACAGCGUUUCUUGACCCCGUUGUCUCACACGCACACGUCUACACUGAGUGUCUCUGCCUCACUCCGCUCAGCCACUCGCCAGCUUAGUUAUCACAAACACAUUGAUGGGCGCCAGCAAAGCCCACAGCACGCCCACGAACCCCACCCUCACCCAGCCGCCCUCAUGCCCAUGCCACCCCGUCCACACCACUACCUGCGGCAAAGCGAUCUCGCACACCUCCACCACCACCAGCCCCACGGACGCGCCCACACCCAGCGCCACAGCAGCCGUCAGCAGCCACUGGCCACGCUGCUCGAUGUCCGUCCCAUGGUCCUGCGGGCCGCCCUUCAUGCGGCUCUCCAGCGAGGGGUGGCACCUCCACCCCAAAGAUAUGCCUCUUCCGCCGCGCUUGGUCGUCUUCUUGGCCCGUGCUGGCUUGGGAAUCAGAGGUUUGCCGCCCCUCGCGCGUGGCGGCCGGCCCUUAUCGGCUGCCGUGAGUGAUGCCGAGCCGAAGGAUGCCAGUCUGGCCGCCUCCAUCAGCUCCGGCUCACGCAACACCACAGACGGGCUGGCUGUGGUGGCCGCGUAUUUCUUGCCUGCUGAGGCCUUGCCGCCGUUGGGCAGCUUAAGUGGUUUGGGUGCCGCCGACCUGGCGCUGUGUGAGGCGGAUUUGGGUGAGGGCGGGGGCUGCUUCCGGUUGAUGACCGAGAAUGCGACACAGAGACACCCCCACAGUGCGAGCACCAGGCAGCAGAGGAUGGCUGCGUUGACGAGAGGGUAGUACCGCCCCGGCUCAACGAAAUUGACCACCUCUGCCAGCAGACACACUGUCCCACCGUUCUCAGUCUCGCAGCAGCAGGACCAUGUGAGCAGGCCCCAUGAAGGCAGCAAAGCCACCAGGGGGGUCAGCAGGUCCAGAAAGAUGCCCCGCAGCCCCAGCUGGAAGGUAUAUCGGCGUGGCGGGGGCUGCUGUCUGUUCUCGGCUCGCUGCUGGCAGAGGUAGAGCAGGGCGAAGUCGAUUACGAGUGCCGGUACGGCCGCGCCGACGGCAUAGACGAGGUGCAUCCAGAUGUAGAAGGAGUCUGGCUCGCAUCGCAGCGGGGUGGGGGUGGACAGGUGGGACAUAGACGAGAAGAUGCCCGCCCAGUCGUCGUCGCCAUGAUGGAAGGAGCUCACACCCAACACAGCACUGCGAAUCGCCUACAUGUAAUGAGAACGAGCGAAUGCAGAGACGGCCAGGCGUGUAUCGGUGUUUGUUGAUGUGAUGUAUGCAGGGGUUGUUUGCCACAUGCUAUGCUUACCAUGGCAACAAAGAAGGCCGACACGGCUCCGCUCACAAAGGUGGCGGCCCGCCAUGCAACCCCAGUGGACGCCGACAUGGCCCCAAUGCCUGUCCUCCUCCUGGCGCUCCUGCUGCCCCCACCCUGACUGGCAUGGUGCUCGUUCCCAUCCACGUCGGGGUUGGUCUCUGUCGCACCAUCCGUCUCUGUCAGGCCAUCCACCACCACCACCGACGGGCCGCUCUCGAAUGCCUCCUCCUCUGGGCGGUAGUCGUAUGUGGCCUUGCGGAGUGCUCUCCUUGGGCAGGAUUGGCCAAUGAUGCGCUUUGGUGGGGGGAUGGGGAUGGAUGGGCAGAGGGGCAGGAGGGCCAGGAAGGCCCGGUAGAUGAGGAUGAGAACGGACGCGGCGGCGAAGAUGAAGGCGACUAGGGCGAUGGUCAGCCAGGGGCUGUGCCAGUGAGCUACCAGCCACACCUGAACAAAAAUGACGAACAGUGAUCGCGGCGCAUCGUCCCUUUGAAGUGUUUUUCUCUCCGUCUUUCCUUGACAGCGCCAAUCGCAUCAAUGAGGGCUAGUGCGGUAGGGGGUGAUGUCAUGAGUGUCCAUGGCCAGGCCCACGAGAGGGGCAGGAACGGCGAAAGGCAGCUCAAGACACACCACACACCGGCAUGAAGACCACGCAAUCGGGCAGACUCCUGCAAUCGAUUAAGAUCAGUCAGUUAGUUGCUGAGAGGGGGAUGGAUGCACUGCGGUCGUUCACCUUUGGGCUGGAUGUGCCGCCCAUCAUGUCGAUGAAGGUGUCAAAACCCCACGCCCACACUACAGCCUGACAGAACACGUCGACGAAGAGAUCAUUCUUCCACCAUGCACUCUCUCUCUCUCUCUCGUGUCGGACGCACCAGCAGCACAGUCACACUGAGACAGAUGGUCUUGAGCGUGUGAACCUUCUCCUUCCCAGCCGCCGCCACCCUUGAACCCUGCCCCCGCUCCUCCCGACUCGACCCGCUACUCAGCGUCUCCUCCAUACGACGCCCGUCCCCCGAUAUCUGCCGCUUGGCACCGCCGCCGCCCUCCGGAAACGGCACAUUGGACGCAGUGGGUGUGAGGUCAGCCCCGCAACCGUGGGAUGGGUGGCCGUCUGACACGCCACCACUUGCAGACUGGCUGGCAGAUGGCGCAGGCGACGGCCGCUCGGUCUUGACGGCGACGCUCGUAUGCCACUGCCGCCCGACGGGUGGGCUAUCCAGAGCGGCGUCUCCACCCUCUUGUGACGCCACUGUCGGUGGUGGCCUCUCGCCUUGCUGAAGGCCUGAUGCAGGGGGACUCUCAGCCGCCGCCUUGCGUACAGCAUCGAGCAACAGGGAGCGGCGGAACGACCGGCUGCUGCCCCCCGCAGCCAUGUCGAUCUUCAUGCUCGCCCUCUCUAGCAGGAACUGAUGCCGCGACGCGUGGGCCAAGGAUGAGUGUGGGUAUGGUGACAGGGUGCAGAGGAGCUUGGACGUCCCGAGCACCCAGACCUCGGCCGUCUGCUCGUCAGCGGUGAAAAAGUCGUAGGAGCGUGUGGGCGUGAGGAGGGAGAAGGCGCAGUAGGGCGGGAUGGCGGACGGCAGCACGCGCCACAGGCAUGGGUUGGCUUGCAGGCCGAAGAUCAGCGCCUGGACGGUCGAGAGGGAGACGGACUUGUGCUUCUGCUGCCUCGUCGCCGAUGGCGUCUGGGGCUUGGCUGUGUCCCUCCGCCAGCAAAGGCGCCACUCGCGCCGGUCGCCAUCGCACUGCAGCCAUGCGAACUGCUCACGACAGCGAUGAGGGGCCUUCGACGUGACCUGGAGGGAAUACACGACCAUCAUCAGCCGGGAUGCUUUCCCUUGGUUGGCCGUUCCACACAGCCAUGCCAGCCAGCAUACCUUGGUGAGGGCGGUUCCUUUCAUGAGGACUUUGAGCUCUUUCAGCGGUGCCUCGCGCGAUGCUGCACGGCGCGACAGGCGGCGCUGCCUGACCUGCUCGAGGGCCAGCGAGGUGCGGCUGAGGUCAGACUGCAGGGCCUCCCUGGCCUUCUCGCUCGCCUCCAGUGAGCCUUGCAGAUAGGCCUCACCACGCUCCUGCACCCAGGAGACAGACACUCAGAUUAACGUCAGUCAGAGGGUGUCUGUCUCCCGGCACUUACCCAUUUUUCACGCGCCUCGGUUUCCUCUCGUAGUCUGUUCUCGAUCUCUUCCCGCUCUUGCUCCUGCAAUGCAAUGCACACAGAGAGGCGCAAAUAAGUCAUAGACAGACACUUUGUGGAUCGGUCAGCGUCGACCGAACAGACAGACCUGCAGCUGCAUCUGCAGCCUGAGGGAUGCCAGCUCGGCCUCCACCCUCUCCAGCCCUCCCCCACUGCCCACCGCCUCCAAUGCCGCCCGGCCUUGCUCCUCCCUCUCACGCACCUCACGCACAUACUCCUCCUGCUGCGCCAGCUCCUGGGUCAGCUCGCCCAGCAGACUCUCACUCAGCGAAUGAUACCUGGCCAAUGUGCCCUCCGAUCGGACCAGCAGGCCCUUAAGCUUCUCGUUCUCCUCUUCCAGACCCCUGGUUGCCUCUUCGUUGUCUUGGCUUGCCCUCAACAUAGCCGCUGCAGACUCCUCCCCUUGCUCAUCAGCCACAGGGACAGGGGCUGGCCCUGUGUCUCCCUUUCUCUCGUCGAGACCAACGCUCGCACUGCUCAGCAUUGGUGGCGGGCUGGGGUCGGCGUUAGUGUGGCUGGGGAUGGGUCUGUCCCUCUCGGGAGGAGAGAAGCCCACAGGGUCGAUCUCCUCAAAUGGGGGCGACCGCGGGCGAGUGCGAGAGGGGCUGUCGGUGCCUUUGGGGAUGGAGGAGAGGGGGAGGGGCGGCACCUGUCCCUGCGGGGGUGGAGAGGGAGGGGGAGGCUUGGAUGGGGAGGGCGGAUGGGACAGCUGCAAGGCUUCAAUCGAGCCCUGCAGCUCACACAGCUUCUCGUCCAAAGUCAACGACCGGAGCGGCCUGCACGAUAGACCAAAAGAACAAGAGACAUGAAUGGAGUGUGUGCUGGUGCUGCUCUGUGUCUGCUGCCCUUUACUUGUCUUGCUUACACUCGCUGGCUGAUAGGUGUCCAGCUCCUCUGCACGGAUGCCCCGUCGUCCAUGUCAGCACCGUCAUCCCCUUCCCCCACCGAUUCCUCUGUGGGGGGAGCGGCGAUGCGUGGGAGAGCAGGGGGGCUCUCGUCCAUACGUGUCGCCCCACGCCUGUUUCCAGGUGUCUUUGGCUGGUCCUGCACUGCAGCUGGCGAUGGUGCAGCAAAUGGAGCAGAAGGAGCCGUGUCGUCCCUCGCCAUCCUCUCCUCCUCGGGCUCCUUCUGGCUGCGUGAAGUGGCGCUCUUCAGGUGGGGCGACGUGAUGUCCGAGUGCAUGGACGAUGAGCCGGCCUCGAAUGACGGUUCCUCCAGAUCGACGCCCAUCUGCUGGGGUGGUGACCUGACGCCGGCUGACACCCUGGACUCCGAUGGGGCCCUCGCAUCCCACUGGUCGCUGGCAGACGCAGAGGGGCGGAGGGAGGCAGCGACACGCGCAGCCUUGGCCAGACUGCUGCUGUCUUCUUUCGCCGACCCAAAGGGUAAUGCAGAGCCGCCUUUCUUCUCAUCCUCGGGCUGUUGCUCCCUCUCCGCCCCCAUCGCCACCACCCAGAUCGCUCCGUCACUCUCAUCGCCUGACCCCCUGUCGAAGGAUGGCGCCGCAAAGAGGGCCUUCUCACGGGGCUCAGCAGCUCCGGCGUCCACCUGAGAAGCGCCGGGGGGCCUUGGCGGCAGACAAAGCACAACGGUGCUGUGCUGAAGCGGCCUGUCAGAUCCGUCGGGAGGGCUGGAAAAAGUGGGCGUGUCGGGGGCCUGCCGGGCGUCCUCCUGAUUGUCCUGUUGCUCCUUCAGAUCAAGAAGUGGCCGAGGCCGCCCGGCCCUCGAGGCCCCAUCAUCCGUCCCCCCGCCUCUGUUGAUCCUUCCCCGACCUCGUGGUGCGCCUCCUGCUUGAGCCGGCCGGCCCCUUUGAGUCAUCGACGAUGGCCGUGUCUGCCCAAGUCCGGCCGAGGGCGUCCUCUGUGGCUUUCGUGUCCCUCUGCGCAGCUGGGCAGCACCGCUCACGGCCAUAGACGCAGACGAGAUGCGAAGAUUGCGAGGCGGACGGGAGGCGUCUUUGUGAGGUCCGGCGAGGCUGGCGGCUUCAUCAGACUCUGCUGUCGUGUUGGUGCGAUGAGUAGCGGUGCGGCGGGCUCUGAACACAGUGAACAGCAGCGGCAAAAUCAGAUGAGGUUCGAUGGUUUUCCUCGUCCUACCUUUCUUCCUGGGCCGCCAUGAACUGUUCUCUGAAGUGCUUGGUGCGCUCAGCCAAUUCGUGGUGCCGCCGCAGGCAUUCAAUGGCCUCUGAAGCACCGCAGAUGGACGCAUUGAUGGAUGGACACAACCAAGACGAUCCAAGACGGACAGAUCUGCGUUGUUCUCACCUUGCCUCAGAUGUAGUUCGUACGCUUUUGUGGACUCUGCCAUACUCCAACGGCAGAAAAAGAG